AUGAGUAGCAAAAAGAAGGUGCAGAAGAAGAAAGGCAAGACUAAAGAUGUAACUGAUGAUUUUGACGAUCUUGUAGAAAAUGCCAACGAUGAUGGAUGUGGCUUGUCCCGGAAGUACGCUACGGAUAUCAUAAGAUUAAUCAAGUGCCAUUCAAAGCCAUUGAAUAAAGUUGCAGCGGAAUUUGUUGAGAUCUUCAAAGAACGAUGUUCGUUAGUGGUCGGCAUGGCGUUGUUGGCGAUUUACGACGAUUUAGCGCCUACAGAUGACAUUGCAAGCAAGAUCGUCACUGUUUACUUAAUCUACAGAGUUCGCGAUAUUGAAGUAGCACUUCGUCGCAGAAGCCCUGGUGGUAUAGAAGAUAUACUGGGUCAUCCGUUCAUGUCAUUUUUCCUCAAUCUGGUGGAGUCGAAGGUCGUCGAAGAUAUUUGUGUUACCUAUCCGCUCCCUAUUGGUAUUGAGCGCUCUAUUGUCCUGAGGAUCUUGAACGGAAAAACUGCGGAGUUCGCUAAUAUGAGCGCCAUUGAUCUUCUCGCUGGCGGAGCAUUGAAUGAUGUGCAGUCGAAGGUCGUCGAAGAUAUUUGUGUUACCUAUCCGCUCCCUAUUGGUAUUGAGCGCUCUAUUGUCCUGAGGAUCUUGAACGGAAAAACUGCGGAGUUCGCUAAUAUGAGCGCCAUUGAUCUUCUCGCUGGCGGAGCAUUGAAUGAUGCCAAUCUCGGUUUUUCUGAAGCGGAACAGUUCUAUGUGAAGCAGACAGCACGUUGGCCUGAACAUCUUGACAUGGUCACGAUUCCUUCUAUCUUACCUUAUCCCGACCCCGAAGACAAUAGUUUACAAGACCUAUCGCAAGAUGCGCUUCUGGUGUCUCUGAUGGAACGGAUAUCAUGCGAACCCUUGAAGCAGCUCCCCUUCAAAACAACUCCUUUGAUGCCGCCGCUUUAUCCCAUUCAGCCGAUAGAGCUUGGCUGCGAAGACGUUGAAGAACUGCAGCACAAAAUAGUCGGUAUCGCUUCUACUAACGCGACCACUACAAAAGACCAAGACCUGCUUCAUGGAGAGAAUUCGUCUGUUCCAACAAUCCAUGCUCCAGCACAAGAGCUCACAGAGGAUCAGCUGAGGGAGUUCACCCGAAGGCUACUCGACGGGAAGUCGCUAACUCAGUCGGAAACGAAGCAAAUGCUGAAAUCUCUGGAGCGUGGUGACAUUAGUCAUGAUUUCUUGAACGAGUUCGUGCGAAUGAGCGACUCCGAUCUGUCGAGAUUGAUUGAUCAGAAUGUGAAGAUUGCCAUAGAAGUUAUCGAUUUGUGUGUAUCAGCAGAUCAAACCCUAGCGAGUAGGAUUAUGCGAAUAGUUCAAGGAAUGGAUGUCACAGUUCAGUGUAUGGAAGUGGUCACUCGCCUUUAUCAGUAUCGGCCGGAACUUCCAAGAGAGCCUCUUAACGACUUUGUGCGCUAUUGCGUUCGUUACUGCUUGGAUGCAACUCCGUCUUCCAAUUUGAAAUCGUGUUGUUCGGCUAGUAGCCAUUACGCUGAAGAACCUUCUCAAAAGUGGAAGCAUCUCGGCAUCGGUGAGUGUUAA